CGCAUCUAUCGUGUCUUUUGUAAAAUAAACCAGUUUUACAGGAUCCUUUUAUAACUACAUUAUAAAAACUUAAAUACAUGACUGUGUCGUUUGACGCAGACAUUAUGCAAAGGCCAGACAACUUCAGUUUGGUAUCCGCGCUUGUCCGCAUCUGACGGGCGUAAACAUAACUUUAAAAUGUUCGUAAUUGCGUCCCUUGUAGUCGUCGGCACGGUCGCAGCGGUAUACUGGUCUAUAAAUAGAGAUAAACCAUUAAAAUAUAUUCUAAGUGAACUACAAUACACUAUAACCAUGCAAGCAGUCGGUGUAGGCGGUGUUAUCGACGACUGGGUAAAUAUAAGUAAGAACAAAAUAGUGUUGCCAGAUGCAAAUAAAAAAAUUGCCGUCAUGACCGGCGGGGCCCGCGGCAUAGGAACUGAAGUCAUAAGAGGACUGCUCAAAGCUAACAUGGUCGUAGUCAUCGGAAUCAGGAAGCCUGAACAAAGCAAGAAAAUCGCUGAGACUAUGGAGAACGGAGAAAAUCUUCACGCCUAUGAACUGGACUUGCAGUCGUUGAGAUCCGUGAAAAUAUUUGCAGAAAAAGUUAAUAAAAAAUACCCCGAAAUCCAUAUCCUCGUUAACAAUGCAGGAAUUAUGUUCGGCGAUUAUAAACUCACUGAGGAUGCAAUGGAAUCACAAUUUCAAGUGAAUCACUUGAGCCAUUUUUAUUUGACUCACUUAAUGUUGCCAGCUUUAAAGAACGGAGGUUCCCUGGAGAAGUCUUCGAGAAUAGUUAAUGUCACCUCAAGCGCACAUUAUAUAGGAAAAAUCUCCUUCGAUGACGUUAAUAUGAAGGAGCAUUAUGAUACGAUUGCAGCAUAUUGUCAGUCCAAACUAGCGCAGCUCCUGAGUACCAGAUACAUUAAUCAACUGUUAAGCAAGGAAGGUUGCAGAGUCAAAAGCUAUGCUGUCCAUCCAGGAGUUGUGGACACGGACCUUUUUGAAAAUACUUUAUUGAAACAGAUAUUUCCCUGGAUCUUGAAGCUAUUUUUCAAAACUCCAGAAAAGGGUGCUGUAUCUAUCUUGCAUGCUUGUUUUAAUAAAGAGCUGGAGGACAAAGGAGGGUUAUACAUCAGUAACUGCAUAGAAGGAAUCAGUAGUAGAUCUUCCAAGGAUAUUGAAUACCAAAAACAGUUAUUUGAAUUGUCUUGCAAAUUACUUGGCAUAAGAGUAGAGGCAUUUGGUAAAAGUUAAAAACAAGUUUUUUUGUGUUUCCAACUAACAAUUGGAAUAUUGUAGACUCUAGCAUUAUAUGCCAUUAUUUUCAGUGUUUUGGUGAGGUAGUUCAUUGAAAUCUGAACAGAUUUUAUUAAUUGUUGCAUAUUUCUGAACACAUUAUUAAGUAACAAUAACAUAAAAAAAUAAUGUAAUAAAUAAUAUAAUUUAAAAU